CUAACGGCGCGACUUUUCAAAAUGUCGGCGGGGGGGGCGCGGAGCGGCCGGCCCCGGGCCCGGGAGGCGGCGGGGCUGCGCCGGGGCGGGCGGCCCGGGGCGCCCUGAUGGGCUAACCGCGCCCCAGGCUCUCGGCACGACCGGCAGCGGGACCCGAGGGAGAGCGGCCGGCGCCAUGGCGAGCUGCAUCGGCGAGAGGAUAGAGGAUUUCAAGGUGGGGAACCUCCUGGGAAAGGGCUCCUUCGCGGGGGUCUACCGAGCAGUAUCCCUGAAAACCGGCCUGGAAGUGGCCAUCAAAAUGAUCGACAAAAAAGCCAUGCACAAAGUUGGAAUGGUACAGAGGGUUCAGAAUGAGGUGAAAAUACAUUGUCAGCUAAAGCAUCCAUCUAUACUCGAGCUUUAUAACUAUUUUGAAGAUAGCAACUACGUGUACUUGAUACUUGAGAUAUGUCACAAUGGCGAAAUGAGCAGAUACAUAAAGAACAGAAAGAAACCCUUUUCAGAAGAUGAAGCGCGACACUUCCUGCACCAGAUUAUCACGGGCAUGCUGUACCUCCAUUCCCACGGAAUACUGCACCGGGACCUCACCCUCUCCAACAUCUUACUCACCAGCAACAUGAACGUCAAGAUUGCUGACUUUGGGUUGGCGACUCAGCUGAAGAUGCCUCACGAGAAGCAUUACACCAUGUGUGGAACUCCCAAUUACAUCUCUCCGGAGAUAGCCACGAGGAGCCCGCACGGGCUGGAGUCCGACGUGUGGUCUCUGGGCUGUAUGUUUUACACUCUGCUCAUUGGCAAGCCGCCUUUCGACACGGACACGGUCAGGAACACGCUGAACAAAGUGGUGCUGGCAGACUAUGAAAUGCCAGCCUUCUUGUCGAGAGAGGCACAGGACCUCAUUCACAGGUUACUGCGCAAAAACCCCGCGGAUCGCUUGAGCCUUUCCUCGGUCUUGGAUCAUCCUUUUAUGUCCAGGGGUAGCUCUGCACGGAGCAGAGAUCUGGGAACCUCAGAAGAUUCCAUGGACAGUGGAAAUGCCACCAUCUCUACGACCUUCAUGGGCUCUUCCAGCAUCAGCACCAGUGGUAGCUUGAAGGAAAAGAAGAAGCUGUUAGUUGGACAGCCCCUCCCAAAUAAAAUUACUUUUUUUCCUACAAACAAAAAUUGCAGUAAUAAUUCCUCAGGAGACGAAAGUGGUUCUUUCCGACAGUGGGGAAUUCAGGGAAAAGAAACUGGAGUCAGUGGCAGGGGAAGAACCAUGCAGCCUGCUGAGGAGAGGCCACAUUCCCGCUACCUCCGAAGAGCCCACUCCUCAGACAGGUCUGGCACAUCCCACAGCCAGACUCAAGGCAUAUCCAACGCCAUGGAUCGAUGUCACUCCUUGGAAGUGCUUUCCAAGCCUAAAAUAGGAACGAAGGAAAACACAGAAUACUUUUCACCUGCUAACAGCUAUACUGAUAUAGGAGAAAUAUUUAAGGCGAAGACUUGUAGUACUUCUGGUUCUUUUGAAGAGCAGAUAUCUCCACCUGAAAAAGAUCAACCACACUCAAAUUACCUGUGCCCAGUGAAGCCCCAGGUUGGUUUGUUAGAGCAGAAGUCCCAGGCUGAGACGAUGCAGCAGUGGCUUGGAAGCAUGCAAACAAAUGAUCCUCUGGGACCACCUGCAGACCUGACUGGCAAGAGUAAUGCCCGUGGAGGUUUUCGGUACCAUCUGGAGGCGCAGCAGGAUGCACCAAGGAAUGCAUGGAACACCUUAAAAGACAUAAGGAAUCACGGUGCUUCUGGUGACUGUCCACAUUCUUUAAACCAGAGAAACCCACAGCAAUGCAUCCCUGGAGUUGUCUGCAAAAAUGAGACAAUUCAGCCUGGCCUCUGGCUGAACUCCAGAAUGACAUGUGGCCUUUGGUCAGCUCCAGAACAAAACCAAACUUGUGGCCAAGAACCAUCAGCACACCAGAAACCUACACUGCGAAGUGUUGUGUCACCUCUCACUGCUCACAGGCUGAAACCCAUCAGGCAAAAAACCAAAAAUGCAGUGGUGAGCAUUCUAGAUACUGGGGAAGUGUGUAUGGAGUUUCUGAAAGAACACCGCUCACAGGAGCUUGUGAAAGAAGUUCUCAGAAUAUCUUGUGAUGGAAAUGUGAUUGCAGUUUAUCAUCCAAAUGAAGGAAGAGGUUUCCUUCUUGAUGACAGACCUCCUCCUCCUCCUGAAGGCAUCUGCACAUAUAAUUUUGACAACUUGCCAGAAAAGUACUGGAAAAAAUACCAGUAUGCAGCUAAGUUUGUGCAGUUGGUGAGAACAAAAACCCCUAAAGUGACAUUUUAUACAAGAUAUGCCAAGUGCAUGUUGAUGGAAAAUUCACCCCCUGCAGAUGUUGAAAUUUGUUUUUAUGAUGGAGCAAAGAUCCAUAAGACAGCUGGUAUAACUCGUGUGAUUGAAAAGUCAGGGAAAUCCUUCACUGUGAAAGGAGAAAGCGAAGCAGGGUUGAAGAAGGAAAUCCAGGCUUACAUGGAUCAUGCAAAUGAGGGACAUCGUAUAUGCCUUGCGCUGGAAUGUGCUGUUUUGGAAGAAGAGAAAAGGAGUGGAAGUGCUCCAUUUUUUCCAAUAAUUGUUGGAAGAAAACCUGGUAAUACUGAAUCACCACAGGCUGUAGCACCUCCACUGUUGGACAAGACAAACUAUUCAAAAGAAGUUGUGGCAUUGGAUAGAAAUCAAGCUGCCAGUUCUACUCCAGUUCAGACUCCAAACUGUGCUCCUGUGGUGCCCUGUGAAAAGCCUACAUUUCUGACUAACACUGUUGAAAAGACCUGCUCCUCUGUUCAUCAAAUGGAAUGCAGUCCAAAUUCAGCCCAACUCGUCAAAUCUGUUUUUGUGAAAAAUGUUGGUUGGGCUUCUCAGCUGACCAGUGGAGCGGUAUGGGUUCAGUUCAAUGAUGGAUCCCAGCUGGUAGCCCAAGCAGGUGUCUCUUCCAUCACUUACACUUCUCCAGAUGGCCAGACAACCAGGUAUGGAGAAGAUGAUAAGUUGCCAGAAUACAUCAAAGAGAAGCUGCACUGUCUGUCUUCUAUUCUUGUCAUGUUUACCAAUCCAGCUGGUCCUCAAUGACUAAAGGAAACCGGGUGUCAUGGCACAAGAGCUUAAUAAACUCACUCACUGA